AUGUGGAAAGUCGAUUUCGAUCACUUGUUUGAGAAUUAUAGCAACAGCCGUAGAUAUCAAGAGGAUGAGACCGUUGCUGCUCUGUUGUUUGGUAAUGUUUCAUUAGCAGACGUAACAAACGUUUUGUUUGGCUGUUUAUCAGAUUUUGAUGCUGCAUUGGACCUGAUACGUUUUAUUGAAAGUUCGUUACCUUCAAAUAUUACUUUUAUUGGCGUUUUAUCCCUUGUCAGUGUGCAGUAUCCUUUCAAUUUAAAUACAUUAGCUAUAUCUGUUGAAGACACGGAAGGAUUCCUGUUACUGUUCGCGGAUAUAAUAUCACUCGAAGCUCGAGAUGUUAAUACUAUCAUAAAAUUGAACAAAGGAAUUGAUUUACGACCAUAUCCCACGAAACCUAGCCAUGGUUUAUUGGUCCAAACAUCACUGUGUUUAAAUGUGAAUAUCAAUAUAAGUAAGAAGGGGAAUCUUCUUGAAGAAAUAAGCAAUGCUUUCACUGCUGAACUGGAUAAUAUUAAAUCCUUAUAUUUCGUAAUUUCGAAUAAUAGCUUUGUCUUGGGUAGAAGUAAAGUGGUCGAUAUGAAGCAACUUAGUGGAGAAAUGCUACAAAUAAGUGGAUAUUUAUCCAAUGGAAGGAAAUUUGUGAAUUUUACGCCACUGAUACCAGUCAAGAAGAAUUCUGAUAACUCUUUACCGAAACUUGUUCCAAUUGUAAAAAUCAGGAAAGAUCUUACUGUAUUCUGCAACGUGAGAACCAGGAUAACGUCGGUGGCUGAGGUGCAGUCUGGUGAUGGUCCAACAGAAAUUCUCGCCUUAUUGCGAAAAGCUCUGGAACGAACAUUAUAUCUCACUAAACGAUGUUUAUAUGAAUUCGUUAAUUUUAAUUCCGAACAUUUAAUAAAUAUUAGAUGCGGUGUGUUUUCAACGAACGAUGGAUUGUUGUCGGUGGUUUAUCCUGUUAUCCAAGAUGACAUGGUGUUGCGAAAUUAUCGGGCAAAACUUCACCGUAUUUUCAAUCUUCCUUCUAACAGACCGAUGUUGAGAUCUGUCCAAUCUCUUCAAUUUAAACAUGGAAUGCAGAAAUUAUUGCAAAAUCCUCAUUUACAUAUCAAAUCUUAUAAACCAAAAGGAAAAGUAUAUAUUAUUAGUGGCUCCUACAACUACCACCACUACAUGCAGGAUGGAAUAGAUGACAGUGGCUGGGGAUGUGCUUAUCGUUCUUUCCAGACAUUGUGGUCUUGGUUUGUUCUUCAAGGUUAUAUCGAUAGACCCACUCCAACGCAUUGUGAGAUUCAACAAAGUUUGUACGAUUAUGGCGAUAAAGAUGCGACGUUUGUGGGAAGUCAACAAUGGAUUGGAUCUAUAGAGCUUGGUUACUGCUUGGAAAAUAUGGCCGGCAUCGAAUCACGGGUACUUACGACAAAUUCAGGCACAGAAGUGACCGGAAAUAUUCGUCAAUUGGCACUUCAUUUUAAAACAUGUGGUACACCCGUUAUGAUUGGUGGUGGAAUGUUGGCUCAUACGAUUUUAGGCGUCGAUUUCAAUGAAUCAACAGGUGAAUCAUCAUUUUUGGUUUUGGAUCCUCAUUACUCUGGCAACGAGGAUUUGCACACAGUAAUAACGAAAGGUUGGUGCGGUUGGAAGAUGCCGAGCUUCUGGAAACAAGAAUUUUUCUAUAAUUUACUGUUACCUAUCCCGCCACAAAAUGUCAUUUAA